CUCUUCUCUCUUUUUUUGGUUUUCAAUAACCUUAAACUUACCUCUCUCUCUCGAAAAUGGCGAUCUCACCGGUACUAUUCAUUGGUUUGAUUUACCUCGCCGGCGGUGGCUCUCUUUUUCCGGGGGUGGAGGCAAUAUGGUUAACGGUUCCAGAAUCAGGAGAGAGAUGCGUCUACGAAGAGAUCCAAGCCAACGUGGUCGUUGUCCUUGAUUACAUUUGCAUCGACGAUGCUUUCACUCAACUUGGUCCAACAUUAGAUGUUCGGGUAACAUCUCCAUAUGGGAAGGAACUGUACAAGAUAGCAAACGUGACACACGGUCAGGCUGCGUUUACAACGAGCGAGAGUGGAACAUUCUUAGCUUGUUUAGCAAUGCAUCACGACCAGUCACAUCACUCAGUCAAUAGCUCUGUUAUCGUCAGUCUUGAUUGGAAGAUGGGUAUCAGAGCCAAAGACUGGGAUUCUGUUGCUAAAAAAGAAAAGAUCGAGGGUGUGGAGCUUGAGAUUCGAAGAUCUACAGAAUACGCAAGUGCUAUUAGGGCCAACAUACUCUAUUUGAGAAUCAGGGAAGCAUAUAUGAGGGAAAUAAACGAGAAGACAAACACGAGGGUCAAUCAGCUCGGCUUAAUGUCUUUAGGAGUAGCUAUUGUCGUUUCGAUUAGUCAAGUUUUGUAUCUCAAACGAUACUUCCUCAAAAAGAAGCUUAUUUAAC